CGUGACGAGUUUUAGUUCAUAACGGAACGUUGAAGUGUAAGCAAGUGUGUCUUACGUUUGUACAGACUUUGUACUAUUCGAGAAAUUACGAGAACAAUUUUAAAAGAUUGAACAAAUAUAAUUGAAACAGACUGAUUAGUGAUUACAAAAUAAAAUUGUGAGUGAAGGAUACAAGAACAAAAAAUAAACAUCGAGUGCGCGGAUAGUCUCAUAAUCGAGAAAACCGUAAGAACAAAAUGGGCAAGGAUUAUUACAAAAUCUUGGCAAUUCCGAAAGGAGCGAGCGACGACGAGAUAAAAAAAGCCUACAGAAAGCUUGCUCUGAAGUACCAUCCGGAUAAAAACAGGACAGCAGGUGCGGAGGAAAAAUUUAAGGAAAUAGCGGAAGCUUACGAAGUGUUGUCAGACGCGAAGAAACGGGAGGUGUACGACAAAUUCGGGGAGGAAGGAUUGAAGGGAGGCGCGUCAACGGACGGGGCUUCAAAGGGUUACAACUAUCACGGAGACCCGAGAGCGACGUUCGCGCAGUUCUUCGGGUCUGCAUCGCCGUUUAAUACAUUCUUCGAGUUCGGAGGUCCGGGAGCUGGCAACAGAGUGUUCAGUUUCCACGGGGACGACAUGGACAUGGAGGAUCCGUUUGGGCUGCGAAUGGGUCAGCAAGCGAGGCAAGGAGGCGGCGGUCCCGGAGGAGCGUUUCGUUCGCACUCUUUCAACUUCGCUGGGCCGGGAGCCGGUCGAUCGUCCGGAGGAAAAGACAGCGCCCAGGAUCCACCGAUCGAGCACGAUCUCUACGUAACUCUGGAAGACAUCGCCAAGGGUUGCACGAAAAAGAUGAAGAUUUCGAGGCGGGUGGUUCAGCAAGACGGAACGACCAAAAAGGAGGACAAAGUUUUAACGAUAAACGUCAAACCGGGCUGGAAAGCAGGAACGAAAAUAACUUUCCAGCGGGAAGGAGAUCAGGGGAGAAACAAAGUGCCCGCUGACAUUGUCUUCAUCAUACGGGACAAGCCUCAUUCCCUCUUCAGGAGAGAAGGCAGCGACAUUCGGUACACGUCGAAGGUCAGCCUGAAACAAGCCCUCUGUGGCACCGUCAUCGAAGUACCGACUCUCACCGGCGAAAAAAUCCCGCUAAAUCUAACCCGAGAAAUCAUAAAGCCCAACAUGGUCAAGAGGAUUCAAGGACAAGGCUUACCUUUCCCCAAAGAACCCUCCAGAAAAGGCGAUCUCCUCGUCACCUUUGACAUCAAAUUCCCCGAGUCAUUGACGCAGAGCGCUAAGGACAUACUUUACGAUACUCUGCCCAAUUGAAUUUCCUCCUCGUAAGGAUUCUCGUUCCCUCGGACGAAACUCUUCGAGAGAAGGCGUGGGAAGGAGGGAGAGCGAGAGGAGGCCAAGCGAAGAUCGACAACAGAACUAGUGUACGUUGUAGUACAUAAUUAUUAUAAACGACGAAAAAGUGACAAAGGCAUACACGGGCCAACUUGUAACGUUGCGCUUUCGACUUCAUUUUCAUUUCUCGAUGAAGCAACUCGGUCGAGAUAAUUAAAGGGAAAGUGCGCGCAUCAUCGGCUCGCCCGAAAUCGUCGAUCGAGGCAGCUGCUGCUGCUAUUACUACCUACUUACUAUUAUUAUUAUUAUUAUUAUUAUUAUUAAUAUUAUUAAAAUGCUCGAUCGGUAUCGUUUCAACGUAUUCCGAUGGAUUGAUUUUCGUCGAAGCUCUUCUCUUCCUGGAGAUUAAACACGAAGAGAUAGUAGAAAUACGGCGUGGAUUAAUCGACGUAACGGAGCAGAGGAACCUCGAACGAUCCAGGACAACCGACAGUCUCUAUGGAGGUCCGAACGUGAUUUUGCGAGUGUGCGUGGGUGCUUGUGAGAUUUACGAACAUGUAAGAGCGCGGUGCGUGCUUGAAUGAAUCAUUGCUCGAUUGUAUAAUUUGUAUGAGAUUGAGAGGUGAAAAAUUGUUUUAAGACUCCCGUUCGAGGAGAAUGUGUAUAAUUGAGAUAUGAGGUACGAAUAAAUAUAUUAUCAGAAUCGUUUGAAAAAGCGUGUCUCUCGAGCGAGAGAUCCUUUGUAAAAUGAAAAAGGGAACUUUCCGCAGUCACGAAACGGUUCGAUCGCUAUGAUAAACAAAUGGUUUUUUAAUUAUUACUUUUUUGUUUUCAAAUGACAAAUACACAUUUUGUUGUCAAAUCGAA